AUGGAAUGUAAACCCACUCCAGACGAAACCCAUACAUACUGUUCCCACACAGCAUACCAGCUCAAGCCAUGGUGGAGGCUGGACCUGUUGGAUAUUUACUACAUUUACAACGUGACCAUCACCAACAGAGGCGAUGGCUGGCUGCAUGAAACGGCUGGAGUAGAGAUCCGCAUCGGAAACUCUCUGGAGAACAACGGCAACAACAAUCCCAGAUGUGGUGUCACUUCACUUGUCCCAGCAGGCAGUUCUGUCAGUUUCUCUUGCGGUGGAAUGGAAGGUCGUUAUGUGAACAUGUACAUUCCUAAGAUCCAGGCGACUCUCACGCUGUGUGAGGUGGAGGUUUAUGGAACAG